GUUUUUUUCUACUAUAUUAGGACAGCAGUAGCUUAUAUAUCAGCCGGCAUACUGUUUGUGUUGCAAAAGGAGACCUCACUGAUCUCCUGGGAAAGACAAAGAAGUGAUACACAAUGGCUGACAAUGUCGAUGAUGACUCUCAAUGGGUGGAAGUGGUGAUGAUCAAUAGUUAUGCCCUAUUUAUGGGGUACUUGUCCAUGGCCAUCAGAGGGAUGGGCUUCCUGGUGGUUUUGUGGACUACCUUCAUCCUCCUCGGUGGCUUCGUCUCCAUGCUCGAGAAGGACUUCUGGAGUCUCACCGUCAUCACCCUCGCACAAACAACUGGGGUGUUCGAUGUUUUCCUGAACGAAAAGCUGACCUACUUUCGGAAAUCCUUCUUCGGCCUGGUGGGUACCAUAUCAGCGAUGCUAGUGAAGGUGGAGAAAGGCUCCUUCUGCAGGAUGGAAGGGGUACGGCUAAUGCUGGCGCGCGUUUUGCUGGUUCUCCAGCUGGUGGUGCUGGUGGUGAUCCUCUCCCCUCUCGCGGUGUUCUACCUGUUCGGCCUCCUCAUCACCGCCGGCCUCUCGCUGUGGCGCUUGCUGCAGCGCGACUACGGCGCCGGCGAGGAGGCGGCCAACCUCGCGCCGGCGCUCAACGUGCUCUACUCGCUGGCGCUCGUCCAGGGCGCCCUCUUCUUCUACUACUUCACCUCGCGCCUCCUCGGGAGGCGGCUGGCGAACUUGGUCGCCGGAGUUUACAGCUUCGGCGGCGAGGGGGAGGAGGAGGAUGACGGCGGGCGCACGUCGGUGGUGGAGUACAUGCGGCAGACGAGGAACGGAUGCGAGAAGGACCCGUCGUCGGUGAGAGGGAGGAACCUCGUCACGUUCGCCGUGACGAUGAUGAAGGAGUCGUCGUCGUCGUCGCUGUCGUCCGGCGACUACUCCUCCGGGGCUAGGAUCCUCGACAAGCUCCUGUCACAGGCCUGGCUGCGGGAGCAGCACGAGCUCAUCAGGCAGCUCGUCGGGUCGUCCACCGACCUGAUGGACAAGCUGCUGCAGACGCUCCGGUGCACGGGGACCCGCGACCGCGGCGUUCGGGAGCACGCCGCGAGGAUCGUGGCGCACCUCGCCGGCGAGAUCACGCUCGCCAGGUUCCCGCAAGGGAUCCGGUGCAUAUACUCGCUGCUCACCACCCCGAGAAACCAGCAGCAAGACGACGACAACGACGACGACGACGACGACAGCGCCCAGUCCUCCGAUCACUACAAGAAGCUCAUGGUGCAGGGCCUCGUCAUCCUCCACAAGCUAGCCGCCGCGGAGCACAACCGGCGGAUCAUCAUCAACAGCACCCAGGGACGGCAGCUGCUCUCCAUGGCCAUGGCGCCCGUCAGCGCCGACCUGCUCCACCGCAUCGACCACGAAGCGUGGAACGACAUCGUCGCCUGCUCGCUGCAGCUCAUGUGCCGGCUCGUCACCGCCCCCGGCGAGACCGGCGACAAGCUGCGUUCCCAGGUGCUGAACGACAAGGACGCCAUCGGCACCAUGGAGAGGAUCCUCAACUGCGACGGAUGCAACGAGAAGAGGCUCUAUAUUCUCGCCAUUAACAUCCUCACGCAGCUUCCCAUGGCGGCGAAGAACAAGGUGGUGGACGAGGCUUCGAGCAUGAGCGUCGAGAGCAGAAGGAAAUUCACCAAGCUACUUCUACUCAUCUAUACCGACGAAGAGAAGGACGCCUUUAUGAGACAAAUGGCAGGUGAAGCAUUGGCAAUGCUGUCCGAACGAAGCAAGAGCGACGCCACAAUCAUCUUGAAAGCAAGUGACAGCACUCUCAAGGACCUCACCGCAAUGCUCUUGGAUGUAAAUAGCAACAGAGGAUACAGAAUAUGUGCAGCUGAAAUCCUGGAGCAUCUGUACAUUCGAUACACCAAGCAAGAUGGCUAUCUCAACAAUCUGACGGAAGCCAUGAAAGAUGUGUUGCCAAAGGUGCUCGGAGAAAUUUUUCUUGUGUCAUGGACGCAUAAAGAAAAGCAACCAGGAAUGACAGAACAAGGAACAGAGGGAGUUAAUUUCUCGGCACAAAAAGCUGACAUUGAAAGUCAAGAUCCCGUUGCUUGUCAACAUGAAAAGGUUAAAGAGGAAAACGAAAAGGUUAAAGAGGAAAAUGAAAAAGUUAAAGAGCAAGAUGAAAAGGUUAAAGAGCAAACUGUGGAUAUGAAACUUUAUGCAGCUUUACUGUCACUUAGUGAGGCAAUAUUUCAAAGAUUGGUCAAUGAUGAUAAAGAUUUGGCUGAACUGACUGAUAAAAUUGCCCCAGGAGGAGGCACUGCAUUUAGCUUCGCCGGAAAGCUCAAGGAGAUGGUAGAAGGAAACAGUGAACAAGCAACAGCCAAUUGCCUGAGAAUGCUGAAGAUUACUACCAGGAUGAUCAUAUCAUUGAUAAAUCUCAAUGGAGCCAAAGUCGGAGCAGACCUGGAGAGCUUGAUGCAUUCUCUGUUAAAAGCUUCAGAAAAGAUGUUGGAACUGGAGGGCUUCAUGAUUUUCUCUAGCAGCGAUCGUACCGAAAGCACGAAUCCUGCCAACAUUCUCGCUUCCCUCGUGAAAGAAGCACAGGAGCUUCUGGAGAAGAAGAGGCAGGCACAAACUACACCCGCUCCAUCAAUGGAGACCAGCUGAUUGAGUAAACAGACUAUCAACACGAUCGUAUGCUGAUCUGCAGACUGUUGGCAGUAAUACCUGGAAACUGACACCGUACAAUCCCUGAAAACUGUCUCUGUAAUCUGUAUGUGUGCUGAAACUUAUCUAUCUUGUCAAUUGUCCCAUCUAUUUCAAAAACUUUCAAGUUGAACUUUACAACAAACUGUUGAGCUUUAUUGGCAGUUCGUAUAAUAUCCUCUUGGAACAGUAGAUAAAACCUAUCUGAAGAGGUGAAGAGGCCAAGGAUCUGCAUCAACCUACUGCACAUUCAGUACUUGCUCACCUAUGUUAGGGGUGAAACAACUAUUACAUAAUUCGGGUAUUUUGUAUGCAUUUUAAAACAAGUUGGAUAAUCAGAGACACCAAUUCUGA